AUGGAGGAAGGGAAUGGUAAUAUUGUCUCUAUGAGAUUCAAAGUUCUCUUCCUCCUUUUUGAUCUGCCAGAAGAUAGACUCCAUACACAGAGAGUCAUAAAAUUGAUCUUCCUGGUGUUCCUGAUGCACAAAGCAGUUACUCUGAGCUGCCCUGCAAGUAAUGCUUUCCCUGUUCCACAUGACUGUGUAAUAACCAAAUUCUACCAACAUAUCCUUGCCUUGGCUUUUGCUGUGAAGGAGAUCAAUGAGGAUUCCCAGAUCUUACCUAAUGUCACUCUUGGGUUCCAUAUCUAUGACAGUUACUACAACCCAAGGAUGACCUAUCGUACCACUCUGGACCUCCUUUUCAAAUCCAAGGAAUUUGUCCCUAACUACAAAUGUGAUAGCCAGAAAAAUCUGAUGGCUAUCAUUGGAGGAUUAGGUUCUGAUACAUCAUCUAAUAUAGCUGAAGUUGUAGGUUUCUACAAGAUUCCACAGCUGACAUAUGGCUCAUUAGCCCAAGAGGAAUUGCAGACCAGUAAGCUUUCUUCACUUUAUUUCAUGAUCCCAAAAGAGGACCAUCAAUACAUUGGGAUUAUUCAACUGCUUCAUCACUUUAGGUGGACAUGGAUUGGGAUUUUUGCCAUGGAUAACAACAAUGGAGAAUGUUUCUUACAAAAAAUACAGCCCAUACUUUCACAAAAUAGAAUCUGUUCAUCAUUUGUACAAAGGCUGCCACAACUAAUCCACAUAGAACACUAUACAAAACUUUAUGACAUCUUCUUAAGUAUUUUCACUAAUUUGAGGAAUAGCAACACCACUACAUUUCUUGUCUAUGGAGAAUCAGGGACAAUUAUGUGGCUCAGAGCUAUCACGUUUGUAACAGAUCCUGAAAGCAUUGAAACUGCAUCGUUUAGAAAGGUGUGGAUCAUGACUGCACAGAUUGAUUUUGUGCUCUCAGGCUUUCAAGUCACGUGGGAUCUCCAGAUGUUCCAUGGGGCUCUUUCCUUCACUGUUCAUUCAAGAGCAGUUGUAGGUUUCAAGGAGUUUCUUCAGACCAUAAAACCUCAUUCAGGCUACAGAGAUGGUUUUCUGCAGGACGUUUGGGAACAAUUACUUGAUUGUUCAUUCUCAAAAUCAGAGUUACAAGAAAUGUCCAGUAGGCAGUGCCCGGAGGAGAUAAAACUGGAGGAUCUUCCUGGGCCUGUGUUUGAAAUGGAAAUGACUGGACAAAGUUACAGUGUCUACAACGCUGUUUAUGCUGUGGCUUAUGCUUUGCAGGCUCUAUUCAUGUCAGGGUUCAAUAAGAAAAAAACAAUAAUGGGUAAAAAAACUGACCUUCCAUAUUUGCAGGCUUGGCAGGUUCUUCCAAUUUCUUUGUGUAAUGACCACUGUUCCGCUGGAUACUGGAAGAAGGGGGCUGAAGGAAAACAAUUUUGUUGCUAUGACUGUGUUCCAUGUACAGAAGGGAAGAUUUCAAAUCAAAAAGAUAUGGAUGACUGUUUCGAAUGUUCAGGAGACCAUUAUCCAAAUAAAGAAAAGAAAGGAUGUAUCCUGAAACUGCUGGUAUUCCUAACUUUUGAAGAAACCUUAGGAAUUGGUUUAGCCUCAACUGCUCUUGGUUUCUUCUUCUUCACCUCUUGGGUACUUGGAACAUUUAUUAAAUACAGGGAUACUCCCAUUGUCAAAGCCAACAACCGGUCCCUCACCUAUACCCUUCUUGUCUCUCUUCUGCUCGGUUUUCUCUCCUCUUUGUUGUUCCUCGGCCAACCUGACAAGAUGACCUGCCUUCUCCGACAACCAACUUUUGGCAUCACUUUUUCAGUGGUCAUUUCUAGUGUACUGGCCAAAACCAUCACUGUCGUUGUGGCUUUCAUGGCCACUAAACCAGGGUCUCAAAUGAGGAAAUGGGUGGGGAAAAGAUUGGCCUUUUCUACUGUACUUUGCUGUUCUCUCUUGCAAGUAUGUAUUUGUAUCCUUUGGUUGUCAACAUCUCCACCAUUCCCUGAGUUGGACAUGCAUUCAGAGCUCCAAGAAAUGAUUUUACAGUGCAAUGAGGGGUCAGCUUUCUUUUUCUACUGUGUCUUGGGCUACAUGGGUAUCUUAGCCAUUUCCAGCUUUAUUGUGGCUUUUCUUUCCCGUAAAUUACCUGACAGCUUUAAUGAAGCCAAGUUCAUCACCUUCAGCAUGUUGGCUUUCUGCAGUGUAUGGAUUUCUUUCUUUCCAGCCUAUCUGAGCACAAAAGGCAAAGCCAUGGUAGCUGUGGAGGUCUUCUCCAUCUUGUCCUCCAGUGCUGCAUUACUGGGAUGCAUAUUUUUGCCAAAGUGUUACAUCAUUGUUUUACGGUCUGAAUUAAACUGCAGGGAGCAACUCAUAAAGAGGAAUUAA